CUGGAGGUGCGGGGCGGGCUCGCCGAGCGCUCGCGGAGAGGCUCCUGCCGGAGCAGCGGCGGCUGGAACGCGCACCCUCUCUCCUUCCAUCCUCCACCUCCUGAUCAGCCCCAGCACCGCGCCAAGUCCCCCUCCGCUGCCGUCAGCACGCUCCCCUUCUCCCUUCUUGGCACUUUCCUAUUGAACCAUCCGUCUGGACAAACUUUGAUGGAGAAUUUCACACCACGCUGGAAAAAUGCCGGUUAUGAAAGGAUUACUGGCGCCCCAGAACACCUUCCUCGACACCAUCGCCACCCGUUUUGACGGAACACACAGCAACUUCAUCCUCGCGAACGCCCAGGUGGCCAAGGGGUUCCCCAUAGUCUACUGUUCUGAUGGCUUCUGUGAGCUGGCUGGAUUCGCCCGGACUGAAGUCAUGCAGAAGAGUUGCAGCUGCAAAUUCUUAUUUGGAGUCGAAACCAAUGAGCAGCUGAUGCUUCAAAUAGAAAAGUCGCUGGAGGAGAAAACAGAAUUCAAAGGAGAAAUUAUGUUCUACAAGAAGAACGGGUCUCCAUUUUGGUGCCUAUUGGAUAUUGUUCCUAUAAAGAAUGAGAAAGGAGAUGUGGUACUUUUUCUGGCCUCAUUCAAAGACAUAACAGAUACAAAAGUGAAGAUUACUCCAGAAGAUAAAAAAGAAGACAAAGCCAAAGGAAGAUCCAGGGCGGGGACCCACUUUGACUCAGCCCGGAGACGGAGUCGAGCGGUCCUUUAUCACAUCUCUGGGCACCUGCAAAGAAGAGAAAAGAACAAACUGAAAAUAAAUAAUAAUGUUUUUGUAGAUAAACCAGCGUUUCCGGAGUAUAAAGUUUCUGAUGCAAAAAAGUCCAAAUUCAUACUUUUGCAUUUUAGCACUUUUAAAGCUGGCUGGGACUGGCUUAUUCUAUUGGCGACGUUUUAUGUUGCCGUGACUGUACCUUACAACGUUUGCUUUAUUGGCAACGAUGAUCUGUCCACGACGCGGAGCACAACAGUCAGUGACAUUGCAGUGGAGAUUCUUUUUAUCAUAGAUAUUAUUUUAAAUUUCCGAACAACCUAUGUCAGCAAGUCUGGCCAAGUUAUCUUUGAAGCAAGAUCAAUUUGCAUCCACUAUGUCACAACCUGGUUCAUCAUUGACUUAAUUGCUGCCCUGCCUUUUGAUCUCCUGUAUGCUUUCAACGUCACAGUGGUGUCUCUCGUGCAUCUCCUGAAGACCGUCCGGCUGCUGCGUCUCUUGCGUCUCCUGCAGAAGUUGGACCGCUACUCCCAGCACAGCACAAUCGUCCUGACUCUGCUCAUGUCCAUGUUUGCACUCCUUGCACACUGGAUGGCGUGUAUCUGGUAUGUCAUUGGAAAAAUGGAGAGGGAAGACAACAGCCUUCUGAAGUGGGAAGUUGGUUGGCUCCAUGAGUUGGGAAAGAGACUAGAGUCUCCAUACUACGGCAACAAUACCUUGGGGGGCCCGUCCAUCCGAAGUGCCUAUAUUGCCGCUCUGUACUUCACUCUCAGCAGCCUCACCAGUGUUGGGUUUGGGAAUGUCUCUGCUAAUACAGAUGCGGAAAAGAUCUUCUCCAUCUGCACCAUGCUGAUCGGCGCCUUGAUGCACGCCUUGGUGUUUGGAAACGUGACCGCGAUCAUACAGAGGAUGUAUUCCAGAUGGUCCCUCUAUCACACUAGAACUAAGGAUCUGAAGGACUUUAUACGAGUCCAUCACCUGCCCCAGCAGCUCAAGCAGAGGAUGCUCGAAUAUUUCCAAACAACCUGGUCAGUCAACAAUGGAAUAGAUUCAAAUGAGCUUUUGAAAGACUUUCCAGAUGAGCUGCGUUCUGACAUCACUAUGCAUUUGAACAAGGAGAUCUUACAGUUGUCCCUUUUUGAGUGUGCCAGCCGGGGCUGCCUCAGGUCUCUGUCUCUACACAUCAAAACCUCUUUCUGUGCUCCGGGGGAGUAUCUGCUGCGUCAAGGAGAUGCUUUGCAGGCCAUCUACUUUGUAUGCUCAGGCUCCAUGGAAGUUCUUAAAGACAGCAUGGUGCUGGCUAUUCUUGGGAAAGGAGACUUAAUUGGAGCAAAUCUAUCAAUUAAGGACCAAGUGAUCAAGACCAACGCAGAUGUGAAGGCUUUAACCUACUGUGAUCUUCAGUGCAUCAUCCUCAAAGGACUCUUUGAAGUGCUAGACCUUUACCCAGAAUAUGCUCACAAAUUCGUGGAAGAUAUUCAGCAUGACCUCACAUACAACCUUCGAGAAGGUCACGAGAGUGAUGUGAUAUCAAGAUUAUCGAACAAAUCUACAGUCUCACAGUCAGAGCCCAAGGGAAAUGGCAGCAUCAACAAAAGACUCCCGUCCAUUGUGGAAGAUGAGGAAGAGGAGGAGGAAGGGGAGGAAGAAGAGACAGCCUCCCUCUCUCCCAUCUACACAAGGGGAUCCUCCUCUUCACGCAGCAAGAAGGUGGGAAGCAGUAAAAGCUAUCUAGGCUUGAGCUUGAAGCAGCUGGCCUCAGGAACAGUGCCGUUUCACUCACCUAUCAGAGUCUCCAGUUCAAAUUCCCCAAAAAACAAACAGGAAACUGACCCCCCUAACCAUGGAAAAAGGAAAGAGAGAAACUUGAAAUUGCAACUUUCGGCUUUGAAUAGUUCUGGACCCCCAGACCUCAGUCCAAGGAUCGUUGAUGGAAUUGAAGAUGGAAACAGCAGUGAGGAAAGCCAGACUUUUGACUUCGGCUCUGAACGCCUCAGACCAGAGCCCAGAGUUUCUCCUCCUCUAGGAGACUCAGAGAUUGGAGCUGCUGUUCUCUUCAUCAAAGCAGAGGAGACCAAGCAGCAAAUAAAUAAACUCAACAGUGAGGUGACGACAUUGACUCAGGAGGUCUCCCAGUUAGGUAAGGACAUGAGGAAUGUGAUGCAACUUCUGGAAAACGUUCUGUCACCCCAGCCGCCGUCGCGGUUCUGCUCUCUGCACACCACCUCUGUGUGUCCCCCCAGGGACAGCUUACAGACCAGGAUGACCUGGAGUGCGCACCAGCCUUGCCUACACUUGCAAGCAGGUGGAGCUGCUUAUACGCAAGCACAACUCUGUCACGGUAAUGUCACCUCAGACAUUUGGAGUGUGGACCCCUCCUCUGUGGGGAGCAGCCCCCAGCGAACUGGAGCUCAUGAGCAAAAUCCUGCAGACAGUGAACUUUACCACUCUCCGAACCUCGAUUAUUCACCUGCCCACUGCCAGGUUGUCCAGGAAGGUCACUUGCAAUUUUUAAGGUGCAUCUCUCCACAUUCAGAUUCCACACUGACGCCUCUGCAGUCCAUCUCCGCGACUCUCUCGUCCUCCGUCUGCUCUUCGUCGGAAACCUCUUUGCACCUGGUUCUCCCCAGCAGAUCGGAGGAGGGCAGCUUCAGCCAGGGAGCCACGAGCCCCUUCAUUCUGGAAAACCUGCCGGGAUCUUGGGACAGGGAAGGAGCGGCCUCAAUCUCUACUGAACCCUUGGAGAACUUUCCACUGGAAGUUGUCACAAGCACAGCAGAAAUGAAAGAUAAUAAAGCCAUAAACGUAUGAUAUUCGCA